AUGGAUUCAUCUCGAAAGAAAUAUUUGAAUAUCUAUUUAUUCUUAUUCGUAAUCUUCUCAAAGCACGGUUUCGUCCAAACAUAUGCCCAAAUGAAGAAUAGAGUUGUCAGAGAUAUUGGGAUGGCCACAAUUCCCAGACUGACGACGCCUGCUUGCAGGGUUAGAACUGCACCUGAAAUUAAAAUGCAACAACUCCUACCUGCAAUAGCUCCACUGGCAGCACUUCCCAAUCCGAUUCCCAGAAAAACAGAAUCUCCACAUGCCAACAUUGCAGAUGCACAUCCUGUUACUCUCUUUGCCUCGUUUAAUCUUUUGUACCGUUCCAGUUCUGCCUGA